CGGGCGGACUUAGCUUUGAGGAUGAGGACACUCUCACUUGAAGUGAGGCUUGGAGAAGAAGCCGCGUCCAAAAAGUCGUCAUAGAGCAACGUCAAGUGUGUCGGACGCCCAGCAGCGGGACAGUGACGAGGGGCUUGGAGCAGCGGGACGGUGACGAGGAGCUUGGAGCAGCGGGGCGGUGACGAGGGUCUUGGAGGAGCGGGACAAGAGCGGUACGAGUGGCCGGGCGACGCCAUCGAUGACGGGCUGCUGUGUUCACACAGGUUGCUAGUUAGCUCGCUGCCGUUAGCCGUCUUCCUCCGCUGCCCAGCCACUAAACGCCUCCCGGGGACAACUUUUACACCAAAAAGACAUUUCCCCCACCGGUACUUUGCUCGCUAACUCCCUCACAAUGUGCUGCUUUUUGGGACGUUUAUCCAGUUGGCCGGCCGCUAGCAUCGGCUGACCGAAGCGACUUUACUCUUUUUUUUUUUUCCUACAAUUUUUUAAUUUUUUUUAAUAUCGCCUUUUUUGUAACAAUUUUAACGACAAACUAUUCCUGUCGGACUAGUUUAGAAUUAUUAUUUUUUUAAGACUAAAAAAAGUUUUCCUGGAGGAUUUCUUCCCCCCCCCGCCUGUGGAAAAUGGAUGCGGGCAUAGAGAAGGAAUGCAGCGCCUUGGGAGGGCUCUUCCAGCUCAUCAUGACCGACAUGAAGGCCAGUUAUCCCACGUGGGAGGACUUUGUCUCCAAAGGAGUCAAACUUCAGUCGCAGCUCAGGACGACAAUCCUGGUGACAGGAGCCUUCCUGGAUGCCUUUCAGAAGGUGGCCGACAUGGCGAUGGGAGCCAGAGGCGCUACCAAGGAGAUUGGCUCGGCGCUAACCAGGAUGUGUAUGAGACACCGCAGCAUCGAGUCCAAACUCAAAGUCUUUACCACAGCUCUCUCAGAAAGUCUCAUCACCCCGUUAGAGCUGAGGAUGGAGGAGUGGAGGAAAGCCGCCAGUCAGCUGGACAAAGAUCACGCUAAAGAGUACAAAAAGGUGAGAGCAGACAUCAAGAAGAAGUCGUCAGACACCAUUAAACUGCAGAAGAAGGUCAAGAAAGGCAAGGACGAAGUGCGCAGCCAGCUGGACAGCGCCUUGCAGGACGUCAACGUACGAUACGCCGUCCUGGAGGAGACGGAGAAGAGGGCCGUGUGCCGAGCGCUUGUGGAGGAAAGAGCUCGCUACUGCAGCUUCGUGACCAUGCUGAAGCCUGUGCUGGACCACGAGAUCAACAUGCUGGGCGAGGUGACCCACCUGCAGGCCAUCCUGGAAGAUCUCACCGCCCUGACAGCUGAGCCCAAUAAACUCCCACCAGCCAGCGAGCAGGUGAUUCUGGACCUGAAAGGGUCUGACUUCAGCUAUGCCUACCAGACGCCUCCAGCCUCUCCUGGUAACACGCUUUCCAGGAAGAGCAGCGUUAGCAGUUACCAGUCGGGAUCAGUGAGGCACGUUCCCUCCCUGGACUCUAUCAGCUGUGCCGUGGAUGGAGUGCACCUCCAGGAUGCGUUUGGCUCCAGCAACCAGCUCACUCUGAUGGAAGCGAGAGGUGAAAAUGGCCUCCUGGCCCCCCCGCACAAUGCGUACACUCAGUACGGGGAGAGGGUCCGGGCCAUGUCCGCAUCCGGCAAGUCCUGCUCUGCCCGGGAUCAGCUGGCCUUGACCCUGGGUGUGUUGAACUCUGAGUUGCCGCGGAGCAGCCGGGACUCGCUGCACUGUUCCAGUGGUUACAGCACGCAGACGACCACGCCGUCCUGCUCUGAAGACACCAUCCACACACACGCUGUAAAGAGAGACCCUCUCCUCUAUGUCGACUACGAGUCCAUUUCCCUCCACGGGGACACCGACUCCAUCUCCCUGCACCACCUGUCGCACGCCAACAGCCAGUCGGACUUCGACAAGUCCUCCACCAUUCCGAGGAACUCUGACCUCGGUUUCCAAUUCAGGAAGUUCGCCCAGUCCAAGCGCCCCGCCUCCACCGUCAGCCUAUUGGCCGAGACGGAGAUGAUGGGCGGGUCCGUCCACCAGCUGCCGUCCCACACGGCGACCAUCAGACGCAAGCCGUCGACCAAGCCGGCGUAUCGCCGAGGCACCAUCAGCUGCGGCGUCCCCAUCCCCAUCUCCACGCCGCAGGUUCCCGUCAAAGCGGUGGCUGGGGCCGGCGGCAGCGAGGAGAACGUCUUCCUGGCGCCCUCUGCUGGAGGAGCGGGAGGCUUCGGCCACAAUAAACUCUGCACAUCCACGCAGAGCCUCAGCGCCCUGCCGCCUUCUUCGUCCCCGUACUACCAGCUUGUACCGGGUCAGAUGCCCAUCCCGGUGCCGGUGCCCACCGUGCCCUCCAUGCAGCAGCAGAGACAGUACCAGCAGCACCUCCACAUCCAGCAGCUCCACCACCAGCAGCAGCAGCGCAGCCAGCAACCCUCGGACCAGGAACCGCAGAUCCUGGACCAGCAGCACAAACAAAAGCUCUUCCAGCAGCAUCACCAGGCCCCCGUUACCCGGCGGGAGGACUCCAUCCCGGGCGACGGCGCUCAGAAUUGGGCCGCUCCGCCCCCCAGCCUGGACCAGGACCAGGACCAGGAGAUCCUGACGCAUGAGAGGGGUGAAAGACACAUGGUGAACCUGAUCAAGGGUGUGAAGCUGAAAAGGACCCUGACCAACGAUCGCUCCGCCCCCCUGCUGCCCCCGCCUGCCAAUCACAACUAAAGUCCUUGUGUGCUGGACUUGGUUCAGGUCUACACAAACUCUGGACUACUUGCUUUUAUUUGCUUAAGUCAGGCUGUGUUUUACCCUUCUUUUUUUUUGUUCCUGGUAAUCUCCCGCCUGCCUUCUUUUACCUUAUUUUGUGCUUUUAAGUGAGGAACCCCCUUCCUGCCCCGGAUGAUGCUAGACAGGAAGCUAGGGAUGUGGGCCAGGUGCGUCCAGACCCGGGUAGGCCGGGGUCACCUCUGUAGGAAGAAGAAAGAAAGUGUUGACAGAAGUACGGCACGGCGCCGAGUAAGCGGUUCUGGACGAGACAGGACACGACGCAGUGAGCUGGCUAAUCAAUCAUUUUUCUUUGAAUAUUGUAAUGUUUUAUCAGGUGACGUCAUAGCAGGCUAUGAGAAGCAGAGUUGAAGUGGGUCAGGUCACAGGGGAAAAAGGAUUCAUUUGACGCCCAGACACCAGUGGCCUGUACUCGGUUUUGGCCACAAGAUGGCGCACUUGGCUCAGCAGCUGAAUUGGAGGAACCCGUAAAAAGCUGAUUUAAGUGGCUCAGCAGCUGAAUUGGAGGAGAAUGGUGCAUCAAAUGUCCCUAAAACGCUGAUUUAAGUGGCUCAGCAGCUGAAUUGGAGGAGAAUGGUGCAUCAAAUGUCCCUACAAUGCUGAUUUAAGUGGCUCAGCAGCUGAAUUGGAGGGGAAUGGUGCAUCAAAUGGCCCUACAACGCUGAUUUAAGUGGCUCAGCAGCUGAAUUGGAGGAGAAUGGUGCAUCAAAUGUCCCUAAAACGCUGAUUUAAGUGGCUCAGCAGCUGAAUUGGAGGGGAAUGGUGCAUCAAAUGUCCCUAAAACGCUGAUUUAAGUGGCUCAGCAGCUGAAUUGGAGGAGAAUGGUGCAUCCAAUGUCCCUAAAAUGCUGAUUUAAGUGGCUCAGCAGCUGAAUUGGAGGAGAAUGGUGCAUCAAAUGUCCCUAAAAUGCUGAUUUAAGUGGCUCAGCAGCUGAAUUGGAGGAGAAUGGUGCAUCAAAUGUCCCUAAAAUGCUGAUUUAAGUGGCUCAGCAGCUGAAUUGGAGGAGAAUGUUGCAUCAAAUGUCCCUAAAACGCUGAUUUAAGUGGCUCAGCAGCUGAAUUGGAGGAGAAUGGUGCAUCAAAUGUCCCUAAAACGCUGAUUUAAGUGGCUCAGCAGCUGAUUUGGAGGAGAAUGGUGCAUCAAAUGUCCCUAAAACGCUGAUUUAAGUGGCUCAGCAGCUGAAUUGGAGGAGAAUGGUGCAUCAAAUGUCCCUAAAACGCUGAUUUAAGUGGCUCAGCAGCUGAAUUGGAGGAGAAUGGUGCAUCAAAUGUCCCUAAAACGCUGAUUUAAGUGGCUCAGCAGCUGAAUUGGAGGGGAAUGGUGCAUCAAAUGUCCCUAAAACGCUGAUUUAAGUGGCUCAGCAGCUGAAUUGGAGGAGAAUGGUGCAUCAAAUGUCCCUACAACGCUGAUUUAAGUGGCUCAGCAGCUGAAUUGGAGGGGAAUGGUGCAUCAAAUGUCCCUAAAACGCUGAUUUAAGUGGCUCAGCAGCUGAAUUGGAGGAGAAUGGUGCAUCAAAUGUCCCUAAAACGCUGAUUUAAGUGGCUCAGCAGCUGAAUUGGAGGGGAAUGGUGCAUCAAAUGUCCCUACAACGCUGAUUUAAGUGGCUCAGCAGCUGAAUUGGAGGAGAAUGGUGCAUCAAAUGUCCCUACAACGCUGAUUUAAGUGGCUCAGCAGCUGAAUUGGAGGGGAAUGGUGCAUCAAAUAUCCCUAAAACGCUGAUUUAAGUGGCACAGCAGCUGAAUUGGAGGGGAAUGGUGCAUCAAAUGUCCCUAAAAUGCUGAUUUAAGUGGCUCAGCAGCUGAAUUGGAGGGGAAUGUUGCAUCAAAUGUCCCUACAACGCUGAUUUAAGUGGCUCAGCAGCUGAAUUGGAGGGGAAUGUUGCAUCAAAUGUCCCUACAACGCUGAUUUAAAUGCCACAAGCAGUUUAAGUUGCUUGUGCCCGAAAUAAAGUUGCUGAUUUUUGUUCAUUUGAGCAGCUUUUGGUUGUCAGGACUAGUUUGAUAGAGUCUAUUUUACGGCUACGUGACCUUUUCACACAGUCCUGACUUGCUGCGAGCAUCCUCGGUUACCGUGGUUACGGCUCUUUUCGCAUGCUGGGAAAUACUUUGCUGGCUUCCUUCCCCGUGCUGCUGGCUUAUUGUCGUUGACAUCUUGUAGAUCAGAUUGUACAUACUCCUGAUUGACGGAUCUAUCACGUUGUGUUUUUCACUCUGCAGCCGCCGCCUUUAUUUUUCUAGAAGAGCUUCGAAGAUGCUGGAACACAAGCGACAGAAUGUACUUUUGUUUCUUUCAAGUCUUCUUGAUGCUGUCUUGCUCCAAUGUGGGACCAGAUAAUUAUAUUGACAUUGCUCAACUAAA